GCGGGGCAGUUGCCCCGAGCCAUGUGCUUUGGGGGGGCCCUGCGCUUGGCGAUCUGCAUAUAAAAGCAGCAGCCGCAUCCUCCUCACGCUGAAGUAGCGAGCUGAGAGAAGCGUAGAAACGAGCCGGGAGGAAGAGGUGCAGCGGUGGUUUCCUGACAGCCGCGGUAGCGAGAUGGGAAGGAGAAAACCUCACAGCAAGAAAGGCUAAGCGAGUCUACAACGAAGGCUGCAAAAAAGGGAGCUGCAGCCAAAAAAUACAAAGCCGCCGCCAACGAAGGCUGCAAAAAAGGGAGCCGCAGCUGCAAGCUCCUAGCAGACAAAAUACAAAGCCUCCGCCGCUGCCUGGAGGAAAGGAUAUAUAGAGAGAGAAAGAAUGGGGGGGGCAGUUAUGCUUUUGCUCCAGGCCCCACACAUGCUAAGGGAGGGCCUGGAUAUGACUAUAUAUUCCCAGUAACCUCCUCCCCAGCCAUGUGGAGUAAAGGACACAACCUGGUUUGAAGAACCCUUCUAAGAACAUGGCAGAGCCGCUUCAGUGGGCCAGAUACCACUGGCGGCGCCUGAUAUCUGCAGAAGAAAGGGAUGUUGGCAGUUCCCCACAGCCAGCCAAGACAACCAGUAAACAUAGGACAGUUAUACCAUGUCUGGGGCAUUUUAAUGAAGAAUAUGAAAAAGUGUCCAGACUGUAUAAGAAUAACAGAAUACGGACUACAAAGUACAGAUUAUGGACCUUUAUCCCAAGGAACAUAUCUGAACAAUUUCACAGAGUUGCCAAUUUAUAUUUCUUAUUUAUAGUUCUGCUAAACUGGGUUCCAGCGGUGGAAGCCUUUCGGAAAGAAAUCACAAUGAUCCCUCUCGUUGUGGUUCUCACAAUUAUUGCAGUGAAAGAUGGCCUGGAGGAUUAUGCAAAAUACAAAUUAGACAAAAAAAUAAACAACUUAGUGACCCAGGUCUACCGUAGAAAUGCAAAGAGAUACAUAGAGAAGUUCUGGAAAGAGGUUAAAGUUGGUGAUUUUAUCCGACUGUCAUGCAAUGAGAAAAUUCCCGCUGACAUGGUGCUGAUAUAUACUAGUGAUGGCGAUGGAAUCUGUCACCUUGAAACAUCAAGCCUUGAUGGAGAGACCAACCUAAAACAGAGGCAGGUUGUAAAAGGAUAUGCUGAGCAGGGCACUGAAGUUGAUCCAGAAGCUUUCUCAAGUAGAAUAGAAUGUGAGGCCCCUAACAAUGAUCUCACCAGGUUCCGGGGCUUUAUUGAACAUUCAGAUAAGGAGCGAGUGGGCCUGAGUAAGGAAAACUUGCUGAUGAGAGGAUGCACUGUCAGAAAUACAGAAACUGUUGUUGGCAUUGUGGUGUAUGCAGGUCACGAAACCAAAGCAAUGUUAAACAACACAGGGACUCGUUACAAGCGAAGUAAACUAGAGAAGAACUUAAACAGAGAUAUCAUCUGGUGUGUUCUGCUUCUAGUUGUGAUGUGCAUUGUAGGGGCACUGGGACAUGGAAUUUGGCUAAAUACCCAUCCAGAUCCACCUCUCUAUAGUAGUGGAAGACAACUUUCUCCAACGCUGGGAGGUUUUUUAAUGUUUUGGACUAUGAUUAUUUUAUUGCAGGUCUUGAUCCCGAUUUCUCUUUAUGUUUCUAUUGAAUUUGUCAAAUUGGGGCAUAUCUAUUUUAUCCAGAAUGACAUUGAUUUGUACCAUGAAGCAACAGACACCCGGAUUCAGUGUGGAUCUCUGAAUAUUGCUGAAGACCUUGGGCAGAUUGAAUAUGUUUUCUCUGACAAGACUGGAACCCUCACUGAGAACAAAAUGGUUUUUCGCAGAUGCAGUAUUGCAGGGCUUGAAUAUGGCCAUGAAGAGAAUGCUAAGAGGCUAGAAGCAUAUCUAGACUAUGAUUCAGAUGAAGAGGAAAUAUUACAUGCUUCACAUUGCUCUUUGAAGCGUCCAUCAAGGUUUUCCACCUCCAGGUUUCUGAGUACCAAGUCUUUGAACCACUUAUGUAGCACCAGCUUUGCACUGGGGGGUGCUGUGUCACACAUGAAACAGAUGGCCUUCAGUAGCCCAAUUGAGACUGAUGUUGUGCCUGACACACGCCUUGAAAGGAAACUGAGACGGAUCUCUCUCAAAUCCUAUGUAACACCUGAGACAGGGAUAACCCCAGAGAUAGUGUACAUCGCUGAAUUCUUCAUUGCUCUAGCGAUUUGCAACACUGUCGUUGUUUCAACACCUGAUCAACCAAGGCUAAAGAGGCGGUGGUCUUCAGUAACUAGAAUUCCUGCUUUACGCCUGAAUGAACUGAAGCAAAUGUUUCAGAAGUUGUCAUCCCGAAAAACAAGCCCCACAUCUGUUCAAAGCUCAGGCUCAGGUGAAUCACAGUCUGAAAGCACCAAGAGUUCUCCGCCGAAGCUGUCUAUUUUCCGGGCAAAGUUUCCACCAUCUUUUUCAAAUCAAACAUCGUCUUCCGAAAGCUCACCAAGCUCCUUAGUUUCAGAGCAUGAAGAAAUGCAGUCCUUGAAUACUAAACCAAAUGAAUUGUUUCCUGAACCACUUCCUGAACCUGAAUUGUCUUAUGAGGCAGAGAGUCCUGAUGAAGCUGCACUAGUUUAUGCUGCCAGGGCUUACCAAUGCACUUUGCAGUCUAGGAGUCCUGAGCAGGUGACAGUCGACUUGGAACCUUUGGGAAAUUUAACUUUUCAGCUGUUGCACAUCUUGCCAUUUGAUUCUCUCCGAAAACGAAUGUCCGUUGUGGUGCGGCACCCAAUUUUAAACCAAAUCGUGAUGUACACCAAAGGUGCAGACUCCGUCAUAAUGGAUUUACUACAUAGAGAACCAACAGGUAAUAAAAAGGUUGACAUGCAAAGGAGGAGAAUUAAAGAAAGAACUCAGAGGCAUUUGGAUGAUUAUGCUACACAAGGACUGCGCACUCUCUGCGUAGCUAUGAAGGUGCUGAGUGAUGAGGAGUAUGCCGAAUGGUUAAAAGGACAUUAUGCCGCAGAAAACAACAUAGAGUACAGGGAUGAGAUGCUCCUUGAGUCUGCAAUGAGGCUUGAGAACAAAUUAACACUGCUUGGUGCCACUGGCAUUGAAGAUCGCUUGCAAGAGGGUGUUCCAGAAACUAUAGAGGCACUGCGAAAAGCAGGGAUUAACAUCUGGAUGCUGACAGGUGAUAAACGUGAGACAGCCAUCAAUAUAGCACAUUCCUGUAAUUUACUGGAGCCAGCUGACAAAAUCUUCACCCUCAAGUCUGAUUGUCUGGAUGCCUGUUCAUUACUGCUCGACAAGAUUUUGGAUGAUAUCAACUUAACUAUUCGUUUGAAAGAAAGACGCAGCACAAACCAUUUGAGAGUCCCAACCAUGUCAGUAGCUCCUGUUCCACAGCUCACUGCUGCCCUAAUUAUAGAUGGACCAACAUUAGAAUUUGUCUUGCAUGAAAGUGUGCAGAGUAAGUUCCUACAGCUCACAGCAUGUGUGCGGGCUGUCAUCUGUUGCAGAGCAACUCCUCUGCAGAAGAGCCAAGUGGUGAAGCAGGUGCGGAAGGAGCUGAAGGUGAUGACACUGGCUAUAGGUGAUGGGGCCAAUGAUGUUAGUAUGAUCCAAGUUGCUGAUAUUGGAAUUGGAAUCUCUGGCCAAGAAGGCAUGCAGGCUGUGAUGGCAAGUGAUUUUGCAAUUUCUCAGUUCAGACAUCUCAACAAGCUGCUGUUUGUUCAUGGUCACUGGUGUUACACACGACUAGCCAACAUGAUCCUUUAUUUUUUUUACAAGAAUUUGGCAUAUGUAAACCUCCUGUUCUGGUUCCAGUUCUUCUGUGGAUUUUCAGGAACACCCAUGACUGACUACUGGAGUUUGAUUUUCUUCAAUCUGCUCUUCACAUCAGUACCACCCGUUAUUUAUGGUGUUUUGGACAAAGAUAUCUCAGCAGACGUCCUUCUGCACCUGCCAGAACUUUACAAGGCCAGUCAGAAAAACGAGCCAUAUCUGAGCUCAACCUUUGUAAUAAACUUGGUAGAUGGUUUUUACCAAAGCCUGGUUUGCUUUUUUGUCCCUUUUUGGACCUUUCGUGGCUCUGAUAUAGAUCUCUACUCCUUUGGGAGUCCUAUUAACACUACCAUGUUUUUUAUAAUAAUACUACACCUCAUCAUUGAAAGUAAAACUUUGAAUGUGGUACACUUAUUUGUUAUAGCUGGCAGCAUCUUCCUGUACUUCAGCAUCCUUGGGACAUUUGGAGCUACCUGUGUCCUCUGCAACCCACCAGCCAAUCCAUACUGGAUCCUGCAGAGACAGUUGUCUAAUCCAAUGUUUUACCUGGUUUGCAUCAUCUCAGUUCUUGUGGCUCUUCUUCCAAGGUAUUUGUUCAGGGUGAUCCAAGCUACAUUAUUUCCAAGUCCACUCAUGAAAGCCAAGCACCUUGAAGGCCGGGUCCUUACAGGCCGGAAGAGUCAGCACCGUGGCGGAAGUACAGCCCGAGCAUGAGGGGUGGAAAUGAUUGCCAAUUCUGGGAUUGCCAAUUCUGAUAAUUCCACAAAAGAAAACAACACCAAAGGCUGAGGCUUGUUGUUUUUGCCAAUAUACCUAGCACCAUUUUGUAAUAAUGUUGAAGACAGCCUGAACAGGCCCAGGGACAUGUCUGGAAAUGGUGGCAGGCUCAGUUGUGAGGGCAUUGAAAUGUUUAAGCCCCUCAAAGGAAUUCUAUUCCAUCACAUAUGGAGCUAGUGAUUCUUAAGAUGAAGGGUUGGACUUUACUUCUGAAGAGGACCACAUUUAUCUUUCUCUAAUAAAUGAGGCUGAACUGAAUUCUGCCUAGGGCAUAUAGAAGGCUUUAAAAUACUCUGUCCAAAAGGGAUUGUUAAUAAUUUUUUAAAUACCCAAACAGGGAGGGUGGUAUAUUUAAAUGACUUUACUUUUUUAUGUGAAACUCCACCACCCUCACUGCUUUUGCUUUAAAAAAAAAAAGUGCUUACAAUAAUUUAUUCAAGAUAUAAGCAGACAUUAGGUGUUGUUGAAAUGCCAAAAAAAAACCCUGGAGAAAUAAUUUAAUAUCAGCCUUGAUAACACUGAAGAGAUGUUAUUUAAGCCUGGCCUGGCAAGGAGGUUUUUGGGCUUACUGAAUUUUGCGUAUUCUUUGUACUUAUUACUGUAAUGUUCCUGGGCAAUGUCAGAGUAGUGCACAGGCAUUCCCUCUAAAAACAGCUGUGCAAAACCUUUAGCUUAAUCACUUUCCUAAUAAACAAUAUUUGUAACUCUUCAUGGAAGCAAGAUUCAUGGACAAAAUAUGACAUGUUCAGAGCCAUUUCUCUGGAGUAUAAACUAGCUGAGGAUACAGGAAAACAGAUUUCUACACAAGCACCACAUUUUUGUAUAUAUGAUGAUUAUGUGAAUGUAAGAAACUGUCUGGCUUAUAUUUCCUUAUGUAAGGAAUACUGUUAAAUUUGUUCUUCUAAAUAUAGAGUGUGUGCUCUGGCGUGGCCCUUCCUUCUCCCCUUCUUUGUAAAUAGAUUGAUGUUUUUAGAUAAUAAACUUCACUACCUUCACUUAAAGAAUGUUCCAUUAAAACUA